AGCCUGGCUUCCUCGCUUGCUUGCUUGCUUCCUUCCUUCCUUUGCUGCUGCUCUGCCUGCGGUGGGUCGGUCUCCUCGGGAGGAGGCAGCCCCGUCACGUGGGGAAGGAGGAGGAGGAGGAGGAGGAGGAGGAGGAAGCCAGGCAGGCGAGGAAGCCGAGGCAGGAGGAAUCCCAGCACAGAGAGAGAGAGAGAGAGAGAGCCUUCCCUUCCCUUCCCGGAUUCCCAGCCUCUCCUCUUCGCUCUUCGCUCCUCUCUCCGGAGCCCUGCCUUGACUCCACAACUUUGGGGGCUGGAGGCUUUGGGGGCUCCUUCUCUGGCCCGGGAUGGGGCUCCCGUCGCUCUCCGUGGUGCUGAUCCUGGCCGGAGCCAUGGUCCCAGUUUCCUUACAAGGCGAAUAUCAGAGGAAGCUCUACAAGGAACUCCUCAAGAACUACAACCCAUUGGAAAGACCCGUGGCCAACGAUUCCCAACCUCUCACUGUCUCCUUCACCCUCAACCUCCGGCAAAUCAUGGACGUGGAUGAAAAAAACCAGGUGUUAACCACAAACGUUUGGCUCCACAUGUAUUGGACAGACUAUUACCUACAGUGGAAUAUGUCGGACUAUCCGGGAGUGAAAAAUGUCCGUUUUCCAGAUGGACUGAUAUGGAAGCCAGACAUUCUUCUCUAUAACAGUGCAGAUGAGCGUUUCGAUGCCACGUUUCAUACCAACGUUUUGGUGAACUCCUCUGGAUAUUGUCAAUAUCUUCCCCCAGGAAUAUUCAAGAGCACUUGCUCCAUCGACGUGCGUUGGUUCCCCUUUGAUGUCCAGAAGUGCAAACUGAAGUUCGGCUCCUGGACGUACGGCGGAUGGUCCCUGGAUCUGCAAAUGCAAGAAGCUGAAAUCUCGGGGUACAUUUCGAACGGCGAGUGGGAUUUGGUGGGCGUUCCUGGGAAAAGGACCGAAACCUUCUACGACUGUUGCAAAGAACCCUAUCCAGAUGUGACCUUCACGGUGACGAUGCGACGGAGGACGUUGUAUUAUGGGCUGAACCUCCUUGUCCCGUGUGUUCUCAUUUCUGCUCUCGCUCUUCUCGUUUUUCUUCUGCCGGCAGACUCUGGAGAGAAGAUCUCACUCGGGAUAACUGUUCUAUUGUCUCUCACCGUUUUUAUGCUCCUGGUCGCCGAAAUUAUGCCAGCCACAUCCGAUUCGGUGCCAUUGAUAGCACAGUAUUUCGCCAGCACGAUGAUUAUCGUCGGCCUCUCCGUGGUUGUGACAGUCAUUGUGUUGCAAUAUCACCACCACGAUCCGGACGGGGGCAAAAUGCCCAAAUGGACCAGGAUCAUCCUUCUCAACUGGUGUGCCUGGUUCCUGAGGAUGAAGCGGCCUGGAGAGGACAAAGUCCGCCCCGCCUGCCAACACAAGCAACGCCGAUGUAGCAUGUCCAGCGUGGAGAUCAACACGGUCAGCGGGCAACAAUCCAGCAAUGGGAACAUGCUCUAUAUCGGAUUCAGAGGCUUGGAAGGGGUCCAUUGUACUCCGACCACCGAUUCGGGCGUGAUUUGCGGAAGGAUGACGUGUUCCCCGACGGACGACGACAACCUCCUCCACAGUGGACACCCUUCGGAAAACGACCCGGACCUUGCGAAGAUCUUGGAGGAGGUCCGCUACAUCGCCAACCGGUUCAGAGACCAAGACGAGGCGGAAGCCGUUUGCAACGAGUGGAAGUUUGCCGCUUCCGUCGUGGACCGCCUCUGCUUGAUGGCCUUCUCGGUUUUCACCAUCAUCUGCACCAUCGGCAUCCUGAUGUCGGCGCCCAAUUUCGUUGAGGCCGUUUCGAAGGAUUUUGCUUGACGUGGGAAAGUCGGCGAGUUAUAGAUUAAAAGGGGGGGAAAAGAGUUACGUAGCAAUAGCCUGUUCGGUGCACUUAUAUCCAGGAUGUGGGGAUGCAAACCAUGUUGGGGUGGGCACAGUAUUACAAAAGGACAUUAUAAGAAUUAAUAGUCCUGGCAGUUGUCCUGGGCCAUGUGUAUACGGCAUCACCAGCCCUUGAGAUAACCACGUUUGGUGUUUGGAAUAAAUUAUUUAAAUUAAGUCUA